AAAAAAAAAGACAGCUUGUUGAAAACUGAGUUCAUUCGUGGCGAGGGUGCAUGGCCCUUUAAAUAUAUUACAAUUACUUUAAAAAAAACAAAAACAAAAAACGAGUGCGUUUUAUUUGCUGUUUAUUUUACAACUGGCAGUAUGUGUGGAUUUUGAAAUCAGCUGGGUUACAGAGCAAUACGACGAGCUUGAUUCAGGUUCCAGCUGGUCUCUUUUGCCUCACAGGUGCGUCAUACUGGGACGAUGAGUGAGCUCGAACAGUUACGGCAAGAGGCCGAGCAACUUCGCAAUCAGAUCCGGGAUGCCAGAAAGGCUUGCAGUGACUCUACUCUUUCAGAGAUCACAGCUGGUCUGGACUCAGCAGGAAGGAUACAGAUGAGGACCAGACGAACCCUUAGGGGGCAUCUCGCCAAAAUCUAUGCCAUGCACUGGGGCAGUGACUCAAGGUUACUUGUCAGUGCCUCCCAGGAUGGCAAAUUAAUCAUCUGGGACAGCUACACAACAAACAAGAUGCACGCAAUUCCGCUGCGCUCAUCCUGGGUGAUGACGUGUGCCUACGCCCCUUCAGGCAACUACGUGGCCUGCGGCGGCCUGGACAACAUCUGUUCCAUCUACAGCCUGAAAACACGGGAGGGCAAUGUCAGGGUUACCAGAGAACUUCCUGGACACACAGGAUAUUUGUCUUGCUGUCGCUUCCUCAGUGACAACCAGAUUGUCACCAGCUCCGGAGACACCACGUGUGCACUGUGGGAUAUCGAAACAGGCCAGCAGGCCACCACCUUCACAGGCCACACUGGUGAUGUGAUGAGUCUGUCACUCAGCCCUGACUACAAGACCUUCGUAUCGGGUGCCUGUGACGCCUCCUCCAAGCUGUGGGACAUUAGAGACGGCAUGUGUAGACAAAGUUUCACCGGCCAUGUUUCUGACAUUAACGCUGUCUGCUUUUUCCCAAACGGAAAUGCCUUUGCUACAGGCUCAGAUGACGCCACCUGUAGGCUUUUUGACCUGCGUGCGGAUCAGGAGCUCAUGAUGUACUCGCAUGACAACAUCAUCUGUGGCAUCACCUCUGUGGCCUUCUCCAAGAGCGGCCGCCUGCUGCUCGCCGGCUACGACGACUUCAACUGCAACGUCUGGGACACGUUAAAGGGCGAGAGAGCAGGUGUCCUCGCUGGCCAUGACAACAGGGUCAGCUGUCUAGGCGUGACUGAUGACGGCAUGGCCGUGGCCACGGGCUCUUGGGAUAGCUUCCUCCGUAUCUGGAACUGAGCCUUACAGCUGGACUUUAUGGAGGACUACACCAUCACUACAGGUCUCAACUGUGAGAACAACACGCCUUUUGUAUUCACUUAUUAUGACACAUUCCUGUGAAGAGGCCCAGGCUGACUCGACAGGGGUCAGACCGGAGGUUAUUGAAAUACGAUGGAGGCAUCAUUGUGCUUUAUGUACAUACAUAUGUACAGUAUAUGAAUAUAAAUAUGGUAUAUAUGUACAGCAAUAUGUGCAUGUAUAUGCCAUAUAUAUGCGCUCUCACAAUGGUAUUGUAUAUAUUUUUGUAGUUUGAUUGCAACCCAUUAUAGCUGUUUGUUUUGGAGAUACGUCAUUUACAGUAUAUUUGAAGUCCAGGAUAUUUUUUAGCAGAUUCCAUUAUGCCAGUGCCCUUUAGCACCUGUAGUCAUUUGGAAUAUAUUUUUUUUUUCUUUUAAGAAAGCACUUUCUAAUGGCCAAUUUUCUCAGAAAUUAUGAUAAGCACAGGUGCUUUCUGAAUAGUUUAAUAGAUAAGGUGGGGCAGCAAUUAAAUGGCAUAAGCAGCAGAAAAGGCAUAAAAACUGUGCUUCAGUAAUGGUUUCUACCCAUUUCCUUUGGUGAAAAAAAAUUUAUUAUAGACCUUAGGAUACUAGAUAUAGCUAAAGGGCAUUAUGGACUUUGUGUAACCAGCAGCUACGUAACUAAGAACAUACACGUUUGCUACUCUGGUAUUUUUUUCUUCUUCCUUUUUAAAGGACAAAUCCCUUAUUUUUCUAGUAUAAUACUUUUUAGUCAUGAUCCCUGAUUUCUCCAGGAAUUGAUCCAAAUUGAGAACCUAAGAGCUUGAAUAUAUCUUGUAUUGCCUUGAUACCAGACGGUUCUGCACUGAUCUGUUCUUUCAUUGUACCAGGAUACUGCUGCCAUCCAAAAACCCUGAUCCAAACUCUAAUGUACAAACACAUCAUAGCAUAAUAAAUGCUGUUUGGGGUUGUUUUUUUUUGUGUGUGUGAACAGAAUAAGGCAUAUAACCCCAGACACAAAUUUUUAUUAAUACUGCAGUAUAUGAACAUGUAGAAGGUUAUUUUUCUGAACCAUUGAUCAUUUGUCUCAUCUGCCUGAAAACCCAUUCAAACUUUCUAAGUGGUAGAGAGACCAUGUAGAAAACCUCAGAAGACCCAUACCUGUGCAGUGUAGGAUCAGUCCAUUGGUAAAUACAAAGCAAUCUACAUUAAUAUAGCCUGAAUGAACGGUUUGUUUGUUGGGUUGAAUUUGUAGCAUGGAUAGUUUUAGUUGUGAAACAAAAAUUUUGCCCACUGUUAAUGAAGAACACUAUAUUGUGCAGAAGGUGUUGUGCCUGUUUUGCCUUCAUUCAUAAAUGAUGCAGUAUUUUUCAUUCUUUUAUCAGUUUGUACCAGCAGUAACCAAAGGAACCAAACAAUUGGCAGUGUUCAUUUACAUUUUUAGCCAUGUCCAUUGCAAUUCCUAGCAGUAUAUUUGAUCCACUCAGACAUUUUUUUUGUACUAUAAACCAGGCCUUUUCAUGAGCCUUAAUGUGUAAUCUUAGUUACCUUCAUCAAAACAUUCCCCGUCUAUUUUAUACCCAUUUUUGUGCUAUUGUUCAACUUGACCGUGGAACCUAUCGGUGGAUUUUCUCAAUCAUUUAACAAGCGAGUGUAAUGGAUAUACGGUGUUGGAAUGCAGUCACAUGUACAACCUUGGUGCUUAAAUGUGUGUAUGGCAGAGUGUAUUACUGUAGCGAAUGUUUCAGUGAUGACCCAACAACAUUAACAGUGUUGCUGUUCCUAUGGUCAUUUUUGUUAACUGCAGAAUGAAGUGUUGAUUUGCUGAUUUUUGAAGUUGUAUGGUUGUUGGCUUGUCAGACAGAAACUGUAUUGACACUGUAUUAAGACUUUAAAAUAAAGUGAAACAGGGCAGGGCCACUAAGCAGAAGUAGUUACCAGCCCCUGCUUUUUAAAAUGUUUUAAGCCAGUAAAAAAAAAGGCUUUUGUGCCUUGAUAUUUUAUAGUGCCAUAAUGUGGACUAAUCAUUUAAGAGAUGGUUUGUGUUUUUUUGUAUUUGUAUAGUGGCUUGGUGAUAAUGGUGUUACUAUAAGUUGAUAUUGUAUAAAAUAAAAUCUUUUAACCAAA